AGUUUGCAACGGACAACAUGGCGGCCUCUGUACUGGGUUCGGUGCUGCGGACGUUCAAGCAGAUGGUUCCUUCAUCAGCUUCAGGCCAAGUUCGAGGUUACUAUGUAGACUGGAGAAUGUGGCGUGAUGUGAAGAGACGAAAAAUGGCCUAUGAAUACGCAGAUGAGAGACUACGUGUUAAUUCACUCAGGAAGAAUACCAUUUUGCCAAAACUUCUACAGGACGUAGCUGAUGAAGAAAUUGCUGCCUUCCCCCGGGAUAGCUGUCCCGUUAGAAUCAGAAAUCGGUGUGUUAUGACGUCCCGUCCGCGUGGUGUGAAGCGGCGCUGGAGGCUUAGUCGUACCGUCUUCCGUCACUUAGCAGACCAUGGACAACUUUCUGGGGUCCAGCGAGCGAUGUGGUAAAUGAGCUCCAGAACCUACUGAGCUUGCAGGAGAAAAGACGUAUUUAAUAGACCCAACCCUGAUCUUGACAUGGGCCUAGUAUGGUAGUUUAGUCUACCUGAUGCUAUCCAUAAACUACUUUUAAAAUGAAGGAA